AUCGAAUUAUUGGCGCCAACACCAUGUCUGAACUUGUCUUCAUUGACGUUCGAGAUCAAUCCGGCCAGAAUCAACGCCAGGUGAAAAGCCAUGUAGCUUCCGGUACCCAUCGUCAAAAACGCCUGGUUGCAAUCGAGCAAUAUCAAAAGAAUGCUGAUCGGGAUGAUGAGCAGAGCGCAAGCCAAGACCUAAGCUCUGAGGCUACAACGAGCAAUAUUGAUGUAUCAGGCUUGCAGCAGCCCCAGGAUCCAACGCAAGACCAAUAUAGUGUCGAGGUGCCGAGUCCUAGCUUGACCUCGGUCAAAGCCUCAAGCCAUGAAACACAUGUCCAAAUUCUUCUUCAGCAGUCCUCCAAUUGGAUACAGUAUCAGUACCGCCAUUUUUGGUCGGUCAAAAUACGACAGGAUCCGUUAGUAUACGAUCUCAACACCAGUAUCGAAACAUUUAGAGAGUCGUUCUACAUUGUUUCCGAUUUGCUUGCUAUGGGCAAAGUGAAUCCAGCAUUCGAGGUCUUGAAGUACACUUUAGACAGUGUUCCGGAUUUACUGAGAAACCCUCACCCGGAAUUACUCUUUGCCUUGCUUGAGGUGGCGUCGGGCAUCAAUAUGCCGGCCGCCAUCAAUCUGCAAUCGAAGGUGAAAACGCAUCUAGCAGACAUGGCCAGGGUGAUUUUCGGCAUGAAGCAUCCAGCAACUCUGCUAUUGACCACGGACUUCGAAUCUUCUUCCCGUAACCAUACUACACAGCUGCUCAUGGCCUGCAUCAUCAAUACUUUGUCUAUGACCUUUGGUAGUGAUGCAUAUCAAACCCUCGUCCAUCAAUUGGGUCAGUCGCAAUUCUACAUGCGAGCAGGUCACGCUACAGUCGCGCAGGAAACGAUAUCUAAUGUCCUGAGAGGAUGGAUGGAGCAAUAUGGCGAUGACGCUGCCCUGUCGCGAUUAGCCAUGCUCGAGUUGAGUAUGAUGCGUUUGCAUGCAUGCCAUGAUGAUCCUAUUCCCUUUGAAGCUGAGGUCACCAAUUCACUGCAGUGGAUUGAAGUUAUCUCGGGGAUAUCAGGAUCGCAGCCAACAGGGAUACUCUUUCCUGAAUCUUCGCCUGCCAGUCCAGACUUGAGAACAAAGACAUUGGCAAGGUGGUUCUUGCUCCGAAAACGAUAUACCCUUGCCCUGCAUGUCUAUAACCUCACCAAAGGACUCCCAGACCAGAGAACCGCGCCGCACGAAUUCCACGAGCCAGGUGGCUUGGCCGGUUUGAUGGCAAACAUAGUCCAGGACGCGCUCGGUGACGCGCUCGACCUUGCAGAGGAUAUCAACGAUAUUGGAACAGCCGUGACUCAACACUGGUUAGGCGAACGUGUAACCCAACCAUGACUACUGCCAUUGGUUUAGUCCACCAACGGUGGCUCCAAAAGCUGCUCUUCAAAGGUCGGGUUCCAGAGGUGGCGCCUCGUGGCACAGACUAGGUGCACAAUAGAGACGGUCAAGAUCUGAAUCAAAUGGUCAUAAGUUGGGGCACAUUUGUCGAUGUCAUGCGCUUGGUUUCAACCCCAGGACGAUUUCAAAUUUCGAUCUGCAGGCAAGAGUAAGGUUACAUAGACCUGGAGACAAGCCUUCUUGCAUGUCGCUUCUGUAACACGAGGACACUCUUCUACAGAUCAGCCCCUUUAGGGCAUUGCCUGUCCUGCCCAAUCCGCAGGAUGAUGGACUUGACCCAUGGUGAACGAGACCC